UUUUUGUUUUGUUUUCUUUUUUUUCUUGGCACGUUUUGCUGCAAAUCGAAUCGAAAACUGUAAAUUUAUUUUCCAAAUAACGAACUUAAAUGAAACUCUGCAAGGUUGACCCUUGACUGUGACUGAGCUCGGAGACUUUGAAUCACCGGUCACAGCAGCAGACCAACUGCCGAAACGCCGAAAAUGGAUGAACCUGCGUCGCUAAUUAGGAAGAGCGAGUUGAAUGACUUGCUCAAAGGACUGGCCAGCACGCAGGAGCUGGUCGGAGCAGCGAGAGUCCUGCAGACCCUGAGACAGAACCUGCGGUGCCCUUGCAGGAGCUGGCCAUGCGCACCGUCGUCACCAACCUGGCAAAACUGGACCCUGAUUCGAUCGGCCACCUUCCCAACAGAGUGACAACUGCAAUCCUUGAGGCCGUCACAAAAUCGAUUCCCGGGCGUGAUGCUUGUUAUGUGCGUCCUGAACUUGGCCUUGAUUUUGCUCCAGACGGCUCGUGCAUCUUCAAGAAAAUUUAUUAUGGUUUCACAAAUGCAGAGAAAGACUCACUCCAGCCUGACCUAAGCACCCUGAAGCGACUGAUCACAUCAGACCUCCAGGAUUUUGACUUCAAAGUGAUUGAAAAAGAUUCGUGCAUCUUCAGCAAAGAAUCGGAGGAAAUUUGGGAGUGCUUGGCCUCUUCGGCUCCCAACCUGAGGAGCGUUCGAGAUCUGUGGACAGGGAGUCGGAAGCUGAGACCUGGACACUUGAUUCUCCCUUACCUUGCCAAAUUCCCCAACCUGGGUGACCUAGACCUGAUCACCUUUCGAUUUUCCGACGAGGACAUGGAAGUGCUGAGCAGGAGCUGCCCUAACCUGAGGAGUAUCAGUUUGACAAAGUAUCGUGAUCUGACCACGGAAGGACUGCGCUCGCUCGGAAAUUUGCCCCUGCUGGAGAAAAUUUCCUUUGUUAGUGUUUCAAAGUACGGAGAGAAGCCCAAAAGAAACGCUGCCGACCCCUCAAAAAGCAUUCGAAUUGCUGCCAAACCUCAGAUCCAUCCACAGGAGGGACACUCACCUUGACAAUGACACUGAUUUCAAUUACUUGCCAAACUUGUUCAUCCCGGAGAAUCCUCCACGGCCAUUCAUGUUGCAAGAGGUGGGGGAAAUCACUGGCCAUGUUGAAAAUUAAGUAUUUUUUUUUUUAACAUUUUCUGAUUUAAUAAAUUACUUUUUACCAACAGUAUUGCAAGUCACCUUGGUGGACUGAAAAAGAUGCACACAAUUCACGACCUGCCCCCGGAGACCUACACCCAACUACCACAGUUGCAAUCGCUGCUUCAGCUGUUCUUCCCCGAUGACUACCUGAUCCUUCAAGUGGUUGGUGCCAGACUGGUUGAGAUUUGCAUGGACGACACUAACGAGACGCAAGACGCAUGCGUGGGUCGAAUUCUUUCUUUGUGCCCCAACCUGGAGACGCUGCAUGUGGAAUCUGACUUUGACCGAGAGGACCAGAAUCACCGUGUUGACCCUGCCAGGUUGAAGCUGAAGGAUCUGCAGCUGACACAACGCAAUGAUGUGGAAAUUCCUGGCAUGAUGUUCUGGGAUCUGUUGCUGGCGCCGAACCUUGAAAAAGUUGGCCUUUUCGACUUUUUCUUCACCGAGCCAAGAGCCCUCCUCGACUCGGCCUCGCCCUUCCUGCAGAAACUGACCUGCCUCAAGACCAGGUUUGAGUUCGAGUGGCCCACCGAGGAGACCAAAGAUGUAGAGUUUCCUCAAGCCUUGGACACGCACAACAAGCUGCUCUCUGGGCUCAUCAGAACCUGCCCAGAAUUGGAAAGAGUGGGAUGCGAAAUUUUGCUGUGGCGUGACUUUGAAAAGGGGGAUGAGGUGCACACAUUGGUUUUGGCAGACGUGUCUCCAGAGUGGCGCCGAAUCCCGAAACGAAUGGAAGAUGUAAAAAAUGAUAAGAGACAUUUUUUUCUGACAGCCUAAAUCUUAAAUUGCAUUUGUGAAAAAUUGAUGUCUUCCAAUGUGUCUUCUCUCAUUUUUAUUUAUGAAGAAUUAAUUCUAGCAUUAAUUGCAACAGCUCAAACUAAUUAAGACUAAUUAAAAACAAAAUGAUUGACUGAUUAUGCAAGUAAUAAGUGCCUUUGUACCACGGACGCUUGCAAAUAUGGUCUCGUGCUCAUUAUAAAAGUACAAGUUUAGAACUUUAAAAGUUCCUUAAAUGCAUUUCUUUUCAAGUGAAUAAGAAUCAGAUCUCGUCAUAUUUGCUAGUUUCCAGUCAUUGGGUUAACAAAAAAUUAAUUUUUAAGGUUCCAUUUUUGUUCUUCGAAAAGUCUCCACACUGCCAUUUAUAUAAAAGGUGGAUAAAAGUUGUACACAAGUGAUAUGAAUUAAUAAACACAA